GGACCCUGAUGUAGCCCUGCUGUGAAGUACUGGGACAGGAUGCACGGCGUGUCCGGCAGAGGAUGCAGUGCGCGUCUUGGACGCGACGCUGCGCUCUCCGCUCUGCGCUCGGAGAGCCAAGCGCCACCCCGCCCCUUCCCUCCAUCUCCACCUCAACCACAGACACGAUCAGAGGACAUUUCCCCGCGUCUUUGCGCUCGGAUCCACGGCUCUCCGUCUUUCUUCCCCUCCCUCCCCCACCACCACCACCACCACCACCUCCUCCUCCUCCGCCGCCGCCAGGUUCAGAUAGCGGCACACCGGCAGCCCCCGCGAAGCGCGCGCUGCGCUCAUCCCCGCUGCGUGACGGUCCCCCUCCCGUCGCACCGAACCGGGAGAAGAGUGUCGGCCCUGGAAGCUGGAUGAAUUAUCGGAGAGUUGUGGACAAGUGCGAGAAGAAAGCUGAGGCGUCGGAGCCGCCGCGUCGACGACACUCUCAACCGGAGUUGUGGGCGACAAUGGAGGGGACGUCCAUGUGUGUUCCGCUGCUGCUUCUACUCUUGCAAUGUUGCCCCUCCCUUCCUGUCACCGUAUCCACCAACAAACCCCGAGUGGAGGUGCACGAGUUUUCAGAUGCAGAGCUGUCCUGCAUGUUCCGCACAGAGAGGGACCAGAACCCGCGCAUCGAGUGGAAGAAGAGGGGGAAAGAUGUGUCUUUUGUCUACUUUGACGGACAGUUCCGAGGUCCGUUCGAGGGGCGGGCGAGCAUCGAGGGAGCCACAGUGAAGUUGCGCCGGGUGACCCAGGAGGACGCUGGCGAGUACCGCUGCGAGAUCAGCGCUCCUCUGGAUUCUGUCAAUUUGGGCGAGACCAACGUCACACUCCGAGUGUUAGUGCCCCCGAACACGCCGUCCUGCCAAAUCCCGAGUGCGGCGGUCACGGGCUCUGCAGUGCAGCUGCGCUGUCGGGACCAGCAAAGCAUCCCGCCUGCUACGUAUUCCUGGUACAAGGACAACCUGCUGAUGAGCGUGACACGCCACGCCAACGCCACCUAUCUAAUCAACUCCCACACAGGAGUACUGGAAUUCAAAGCUGUGGCAAAAGAGGACAGUGGUCGUUACAGCUGCCUGGCUUCCAACGGCGUGGGGAAGCCUAAGAUGUGCGAGGGCAAGCACAUGACGAUAGAGGACGUCAACGUCACGGCCGUGGUGGUUGCAGUGAUUGUGGUCUGCCUGCUCGUCAUGGUCUGCGGCUGCGGGGGAUUCCUGCUUCACCGCAAUGGCUUCUUCAGCCCAGGACACAGAGGAAGGUCCAAUGUCAACUAUAUCCCUCCGCCUCAAGAACCACAGGAUUUCAAACACACACAGUCAUUCAUGCUCUGAGAUGGCCAGCCUUUUGGGAAUAAGGUGCCAAUACUGGAUCCUGGGUUUCUUCCUCCCCAGGAGCAGACUCGGAACGAGCUUGUGAUCUUCCAAUUAUAUGCCAAUUUUUUAUCCUUUACUCCUUUUAUUUCUCAUUUUUAGGGGGGUGAUAAAGGGCACGUUUGACAUUAGCGAUGCUGCAUACUCUUGCUUUGCUGUGUGGGUAGUCCUGCUUAUGUGGAAUUAAAUAUAGUUUGAUGUCACUCUGCUCCCCCCUGGUGGUCAAUGUUGGAACAGACCCACUUCAGCUGGUUUGGGAUUUGUUUUGUCCCCUAAGCAGGCCAAUUGUUUUCACUUCCUACAGUAUGUUUUGUUUUACCAAAGACCUACUACUUUAAGGAAUUAUGUUGCAUUGAAACAAUCCUCUUCAUUAUACUGCAUUGUUUUUUUUAACAACAAAAAAAUGCAGUUUACCUCAGUAUUGCUCCACUUGCCAUUCUAUAUACAACACUGGGGCCCCAGUGUUCCAAGGGCCACAUGUCCACUGUGUUAAUAACACAAAAACCCAGCCCAGGAAAUUAUGACUAAAGACCAACCCCAUUCCAUCCUAAUGUGCCUGCAUGGUCUUUUUUGAUAUAUACAAUAUAUAUAUAUAUAUAUAUAUAUAUACCUUGUGCCUUUUUAAUUUGUCUGUCAUAUUUAUCAACAGAUCAGUUUUUGUAAAGAACUUGCCUUACUUUUUUCUGUCUUUAUAUUUUGUGCCACUGUUGUGUGUCUGUUUUUAGACAGUGUGAAUGGAUUGUUCAGAGUUUAAUUUGAA